AUGGCAGCCAUGUCGAUUGCCAGCAGCGGCUCCGAUACAUUGGAUGCCUGGACCAAACGCUCCCAGCCCAAGAUUGAAAUUGAACUGAUGGGACAAACACCCGGCCUGGUCAGCUCAUACACCACGGGGGAUCAUAUCGAUGGCACUGCCACUAUCACCGUGAGCCAGGAGACACGGUUCGACGAAAUCGAGAUUAUCUUCCAAGGGACAUCGCAGACCACCGUCGAGCGGACUUCAUGCCCCGGCCGCACAGGCUCGCAGCAGAUGUUCCUGAAAUUGCGCCAACCAAUCGACGAGACGGAGUACCCGACCCCGCGGGUGUUGGAGACCGGACGGUCGUAUCGAUUCCCAUUCACCUUCGUUGUGCCGGAGCGUCUGCUGCCCCAGGUCUGCACGCACCCCAAGAAGAACCCACAGAUCGAACGAUCCCACACCAUGAUCCCCCCAACACUGGGCGACCCGAUGCUUGCCAGCAAUGGCAAGACGCUGCUGGACGACAUGGCGCCCGACAUGAGCCGCAUCGGCUAUAUCGUGCGCGUGGUCGUGCUCAAGAGGUUACCAGAGCACCGCCAGAUCAAACCACUGGCAGCCGUCGCCAAGAAGGUCCGCAUUGUCCCCUCCAUCGAAGAAGAGCCGCCCAUCAACCUUGCCGAUCACUCGGCGUAUUGCGCCCACAAAGAGAAGACCGUCAAGCGGGGACUGCUGCGCGGCAAACUCGGCCGGCUGGUCGUGACAUCGUCCCAGCCUAAACCCAUUCAGCUGCUUGCUCCCAGCGGCGAGCCGAGUGAUACUGUGAGCACGGUGGCCACGGUGGAUCUACGAUUCGACCCCGUUGGGGACGAGCCGCCGCCGAAGCUGUGGUCGAUGAGCAGCAAGCUGCGCGCGAGUACUUUUUACAGCGUGGCGCCGUGGGAUGAGUUCCCGCGCCAGAGCGGGUCGGUGCCCUUUUCUCAAAUCGGGCGCGGCCUCUACACCAACACGGUGCCUAUCUCGACAAUGUGCGUGGCGUCUGCCCAGUGGGCGAAGCACUCGCCGGCGACGGAUCCGCGACGGGACUCGACAUCGUCCAGCUCGUCCGAAGACUGCUCUGCGAGCAGCAACAGCCACAACAACCCUAAUAUCUACUACUAUACCGCCUCACUUGUUAUCCCCAUCACGCUCCCCGAAUCUAAAGCCUUCGUCCCGACUUUCCAUUCCUGUUUGAUAUCCCGAAUCUACGCCCUGGAUCUCUGCCUGUCAUACCAUACGCCGGCCGCCAAUCUGCUGACGCCGACGGUUUCCCUCCGUGUGCCAGUCCAAAUCACAAGCCGGUCCAAAUCUGCCGAGUCUCUCAAGUCCUCGCUGGGUAUGACCGUCACCCAGGAGGAGCUGGAUGCAUUCUUCUCGCCGCGCAAUGUCUCCCCACCACUUGAAUUCCCUGAACCGACUCCUGUGCGUGAUGUUGCUGUGGGUGAUGAUUUGGCUCCACCGGGUUACUCAGAGACUUCGAAUUUGCCUGCUCCGCCGCGUGUGCGGGCUGUGAAUUGA